AUGCCCACUUGUUCAUGUAAUGCAAAAAAAGAAAGCUUAAACCAAAAAAUGGAUUUCAGACUGGAGUUAAUAUUUCUUGUAAUUUUGCUGACAACAGCUUCAUCUGUCGCCCUGAGCAGAGAAGAGUUCACAGAGGCGGUGGCAUAUUUAAGAAAGUAUGGCUACCUGCACAUCCCACUGGACAGUGGAGACAAAAACCAUUCACCAGAGGAGAUAGUCGAAGCCCUAAGAAUAUUUCAGAAGGCAACAAACGUGCAAAUAUCUGGGAAACUGGAUUCAGCCACUCUGGCAAUGAUGAGCAAACCUCGAUGUGGUCUAGAAGACUCUUUCAAUAACAAAUCCCUCAAAUAUCGAGUCAUGGGUUACUGGCGCAAGAAGCUGCUGACCUACCGCGUCUUUAAUUACGCACCAGACCUGGGGAAAGGAAAGACACGGUUGGCCAUCCAGAGUGCAUUUAAGUACUGGAGUGAUGUCUCACCUCUGAGGUUUAAGGAGCUGCAGGAAGGAAGAGCAGACAUCAAAAUCUCCUUUCACAGAAAAGACAAGACGUGCCCAGUGCCUUUUGAUGGGAGAGGUCAAGUGUUAGCCCACGCUGAUGCCCCUGAGUCAGGACUUGUGCAUUUCGACCAAGAUGAAAUGUGGACAGAAGGGAAGACCUCCGGCUCCAACCUGAGGAUAGUUGCCGCUCAUGAGAUUGGCCACUCUCUCGGUCUGGGUCACUCACAGUACUACAGCGCUCUAAUGGGGCCUGUGUACAACGGUUAUCGAGCCGACUUCAAGCUUCAUCCGGAUGAUAUACAUGGCAUCCAGACUUUAUAUGGAAAGCCAGAGAAAACUCCUCCAUCCAGAAAUCCAGCUGCGUUAGUUCCUGGGGGAGCUCCAGAUCCUUGCAAGGCCAGCCUGGAUGCUGUAAUGUUGGGUCCUUUACGUAAGACGUACGUCUUCAGCGGUCAGUACGUGUGGACGGUGUCCAGUACCGGUUAUAACUCUCCCGUCCUGAUCUCUGCUCUGUGGAAGGAGCUUCCAGGGAGCCUCAACGCAGCAGUUCACUCUCAGCGGACCAGCAAGACCUAUUUUCUCAAGGGCAACAAAAUAUGGAGAUACACCAACUUUAAACUUGACAAGGGCUUCCCAAGAGCCUUGGCAAAUAUCCCCGCUAACAUCGACUCAGCCUUUUACUUCAAUAAGAACAAACAACUUAUUUUUAUCAAAGGCUCCGCGUACUGGCAGUGGGAUGAAAUUGGCCCGACAGACUUCAGCUCAUAUCCCAAACCCGUUGGAAAACUCUUUCAGGGUUUACCCAGCAGCACCGAUGCUGCUUUCACGUGGACAAACGGUCACAUCUACGUGUUUAAAGGCAGCGAGUACUGGCGUGUAAACCAGAACCAACAAGCAGCUGAGAGGGGGUAUCCUCAGAGGACGGCCACACGCUGGAUGCAUUGUAAUAACUGAGCCACCAGAGGGCAGCGGAGACUCAACACAA